UAUACCACCAAGUGGUCUGAGCUAAUAUCACACAGGGCUUUAAGCACAAUGAAUGAAGCAAAAUUCAAUAAACCGUCAACACUGCCUUUCACUCAUGAUGUUCAGCUCCUUCAUAAACACCUGGAAACUACUGCCAAUGCAGCAUCUGAAAACCUGAAAAAAACAUCAUCAUCACAAAGUUAUGCAGAACUUGCAAAAGCUACCCUUGCAAGGGUAAUUAUUUUCAAUCGUAGGCGUGCCGGUGAAGUAUCUAAAAUGCAGCUCAAAAGCUUCCAGGAAAGAGAGAACACACUACUUCACGCAGAUGUUGCAGUAGGUCUUUCCAAAUUUGAGCAGAAACUCUGUAGUCAUUUUAGUAGAGUUGAAAUCAGAGGUAAAAGAGGUCGAAAGGUUGCUGUCCUCCUCACACCAGAUAUGGUAGAUGCCCUAACACUUCUGGUGAAUAAAAGAACAGAGUGUGCGGUUCAGGAUAACUGCUUCUUGUUUGCUAGACCCAAAUGCCAGAGUCAUUACAGAGGUCAAGAUUGCUUGCGGCUCUAUGCAACUCAGUGUGGUGCUCAAAAUCCACAACAUCUCAGGUCAACACAUUUGCGCAAACACGUGGCCACUCUAUCACAAAUUCUUAAUUUGAAAAACAAUGAAUUAGAUCAAGUUGCUGACUUCUUGGGGCACGAUAUUCGUGUACACCGUGAGUAUUACAGGCUUCCAGAAGCGACAACUCAGCUGGCAAAAAUAUCCAAACUUCUGCUUGCUAUGGAAAAAGGGUGUCUCCCUAACUUUCAAGGCAAAUCACUCGAUGAAAUUGAAAUUGAAGAUGAGAUCAACUUAACUGAUGGCAGUGAUGGAACUGAACCUGACAGUGAUACAGAGGAUGCUACCUUGGGCACACCAAGACUGAAUGAAAGUCAAAGCAUUCAGCCAGCUACAGAAGAUAAUGCUGGAGGCUCAACAGAUUCCAUCAGUGGUCUCUAGGGAGGUCAUUUUUCUCAGUGAGUUUUAGUGGUGGGGGACCUUUGCUGAAAAAGAGCCAUAUGGAGAGCUACUCUGGAUCAAUCUGGAUUUCCCUCUGUCUCCCAUCAAGUAACAUUCAUGUAGUGACAUUCAUGCUGUUUCUCUUAUUUGCAAUAUUCUAUGUGUUGAAUUCUUGCCUUAUUUAGCCAGUUAAUAUGUGUAAUUAAUUUGGGUAUGACCUGGGUAUGAAUCCAUCUUUAAACCAUUGUGAAGCUCAGCUUUCUAAACCUUGGAUAACAUAACUUUUAAAUGUCUGUGUGCUAAUUAAAUGGAAUAAUGUUAAGUUUAACAUUACUACAGAUUAUAGCACAGGAAUUCUGGUGUCAUUCUUCAUAAAUGACUAUUUUUAUAUCCUUUGUAAUUAAUACACAAAUUUAGCUUUUCGAUACAGGUUGUAUGCAUUCUUUACUGAAAGAACUGCCCUACACAUGCAACUGUAGUAAAUUAUAUCCCAGCUCAACAUUAUCAUUCUCAGCAAUCUCAUGUAUAACUACUUCAGUUAUUUGUAUGUGUUUGCAUCUAAAUAAUACUGACUGAUUUGUUUUUUUUCUGUGACAGUGGGCCAGGUUUUUACAGCAGCAAUUAAAACCUCAAAGAAGAAGUCGCGAACACAGUGGUCAAAACAGGAGGUGACAGCUGUAUUGAAACAUUUUAAAGAUCAUAUAACCAAAGGAAAACUGGCAACAAUGGCAGAGUGUCAGCAGUGCAAGUCAGCUGAGGACCCUGUUCUGGCAGGGCGCACUGUACAAAAUAUAAGAGAUUUUGUUAGAAAUAGAGGGAUCACACUAAAAAGGAAAACCAUGUCUAAUUGAAUAUAUAUUAUUUUCUAUAGAGGCAAAAAUGCCAAGGAGAAAAAUAUUGUUUAUUUCUAAUUUUUGGGGAGUAAAGAAUUUGCCCUCGUGUCAUGCACUCUUAAGUUGCAGAAAGUCUUUUGUUACAAGUUAUAAUAAAAAAUUAAUUAUUUUAAUAUUAAUAUUUUAAUUUCACGUUAGUACUUGUGCAUAAGUAAUCUGCAUUUCAUUAAUCAGGAAAAAAGUCAUUUUUGUUUUUGUGCAUAUUCGAGGUCCAAUAAAACAUCACUGACCUUCUAGCACAGUGAAUGGA